AUGUCCGGGCAAAGCUUAGAAUGGCUCACAAAAGAAUGGUUGCGCCUUGACCGGAACCCCACGACUCGAGCUCAAAUUGAGGACCUAUGUGCCAAAGGGAACAACGAAGAGCUGGCUGAUCGGCUCUUGAAGCGUAUCAGUUUUGGUACGGCUGGUCUUCGAGCGGAGAUGUCCGCUGGAUUUUCACGUAUGAAUGAUCUUACCGUCAUCCAAGCAUCUCAAGGCCUUGCGGCAUACUUGAUUGAGAACAUCCCCAACGUCGAGUCAAGGGGCGUGGUAGUAGGACACGACCACCGUCACAAUUCUCGGCGCUUCGCUCACCUGGCAUCAUUGGCUUUCAUCCGACGCGGAAUAAAAUGUUAUUUGCUGAAGGGCAUCGUUGCAACUCCUAUUGUGCCAUUUGGGACUAAGUUUCUUGGCGCAGCAGCUGGGGUGAUGAUCACAGCGUCCCACAAUCCGGCUGCUGAUAAUGGCUACAAACUCUACUAUUCGAAUGCGGUCCAGAUCAUUCCACCUCACGAUGCAGGAAUUGCUGCUGCAAUCGAAGGUAACCUUGAGGUAGUCGAGGAAGCAUGGGAUCUUGAUCUGGUCGACCGUUCAAAAGACAAACUGUGCUUUGAUCGUACCGACACAAUCAAGGAACAGUAUUUUCAAAUGGCUGCUAGUCUAUCUACGCGCGAAAGGUAUACAUCCCCUCUUAAUCGACGUAUGCUCACAAAUUUAAAUUCGGCCACUCCCAUCACAUUCAUUUACACUCCGAUGCAUGGAGUUGGGUUACCAUUCGUGACACAUGUACUGACCGAAGGUUUCGGGUUUCCUCGCCAGUCAUUGAUCACUGUACCUCAACAAUCCGAACCUGAUCCUAGUUUUCCAAGCGUGAAGUUCCCCAAUCCAGAGGAAAAAGGUGCAUUAGAUUUGGCGAUGCGACUAGGCGAGGAAAUUUACUCGAAGGAUUCCAAGAAAAACAUUAUCCUACUUGCAAACGACCCGGAUGCUGACCGUUUUUGCGCAGCGGAAUGGCUGGGCUCCCAGUGGCACGUGUUUUCUGGUGAUGAGAUCGGGAGUAUCUUGGGAGUUUGGACUCUAGAACAGUAUAAGAGAUCUGGUCAACCACUUGAUAAACUAGCUAUGCUUGCUUCCACCCCGUCAUCCAAACUCUUAGCGACCGUGGCAAUCCAAGAGGGAUUCAAGUUCAAAGAGACAUUGACUGGCUUCAAGUACCUUGGGAACGCUACACUCGAGCUGGAAUUGGAGGGAUUUAAGGUGCCAUUUGCGUAUGAAGAGGCGUUGGGAUAUAUGUGUGGGAACUCACUACGUGACAAAGACGGAAUCACUGCGUUGGCAAUAUGGGCUGAACUGGCCACAGAGCUGGCAGAAAGAGGCGUAUCACUGACUCAAUACUUGGACAGCAUUUACCAGCGCUAUGGGUACUUUGCAACCAAUAACGGCUACUUCACCUGCAAAGAUCCUUCAAAGGUUGAUCAAGCUUUCCACAAAUUACGUUUCGGUGCAGCAAACGAUACGAAAUUGGAUCAGAGGGAAGCUGUUGUCCAAGCUUUACAGUUCCCUCAGACUCUCGCCUCCUUUCCAAUCGAAUGCAUCAGAGAUUUGACGAUUGGUUAUGAUAAUUCUCGUCCGCCUGAUUUCUUACCUGAUUUACCAACAUCUCGCAGUUCACAGAUGAUUACCUUCACGAUUGGAGGUGAAGGUGGGAAAGUGAUUGCUACCCUCAGAACUAGUGGUACAGAGUUAUGGAAGCUCAAGUAUUAUGUCGAAGGUUCGGCUCCGCUUCGUGAAACUGCCGUGCAAAAGGUGAACCGAAUCGUGGAAGCGCUUAGAGAUGAAUGGAUGCUAGGACAGUUGCAUCGGGCAAAUGGCAAAUGGCAUCGUACUUUGGCAGAACAUGCCUUGAAAGAGCCCCGACUCUGCCCGAUUCCGGGAACCACCCGCCACACCCCGAUCACUGGUGACGUCACUCCCUGUCCUCACCCCACAACACCGCCGCGACCAUAUCUGACCCCCUUUUCCGAUCGAGCUAUCUACUCCAACUUCAACGUAGAUAUCCACACAAUACUUCCUUACAUGAUGACUGUCACUAAAACUUCAGUUCCUCAGACCCAAUCAGCUAUUCAGAUCUGCCAAACUGGUGGAGUUGAGGUGAUACAACUUAAAGAGAUACCUAUACCUGAACUUGGGGAAGAUGAAAUAUUGAUAAAGGUCGAAUGGUGCGGGGUCAACUUCAUCGACACAUAUUUUCGUUCCGGUCUUUACAGCGUCUCAUUGCCUUUCACCCUUGGCAAUGAAGCGGCCGGAACGAUAGUCCGUCUCGGUUCCCGAGUCACUAGCUUUUCUCUUGGUGAACGUGUUGUGGGAUACAUGGGCGGAGGUGGGCUGCAACAAUAUACUCGAUGUCGUACACACAGAGCUUGCAAAAUUCCAGAUGCAGUUUCCACCAAGGAUGCUGCUGGGCUCUUUGUGCAAGGCUUAACCGCACUCACCUUUAUGCGCGAGGCUCACAGGGUCGAGAAGGGAGAAUACAUAUUGGUGCAUGCUGCGGCUGGCGGUGUGGGGAGUCUAUUGUGUCAAAUUCUCUCAAACGCCGGUGCACACGUCAUAGGUACCACAUCCACUGCCGAAAAGGCACGCGAAGCUAUGGCAAAUGGCGCUGAACACAUAGUCACCUAUGGCGACAAAGAUAUGCAAGAGGUGACAUCCAAGAUCAAAAGUCUUACCCCCGGGGGUGAGGGUGUUGCGGCUGUGUUUGAUGGUGUUGGUCACAAUACUUGGGAAAGCGAUUUCGAUGUUGUGAAACGAAAAGGAACCAUUGUGGUUUUCGGAAAUGCGAGUGGUCCACCACCAGCAUUCUCCGCCUUGAAACUGAUGGCCAAGAAUUUAAAAUUAUGUCGACCAAUGUUAGAUCAAUAUGUUCAUACGCCUGAAGAAUGGUCACAUUACACUGGUGAACUAUUCAAUUUGAUUGCCAAGGGUGUAGUACGUCCAAAAUACCACAAGAAAGAAGGUUAUUCAUUUGACGAAGCUGGAGUACGCGCUGCGCAUACUGACAUCGUGUCCCGUAAGACAUCGGGAAAGCUGAUUGUUAAGGUUUCAGAUGCUUAAAUGCUCAUUUGAGUUAUUGAUGUGCAUACGAGUCUUGGUAUUCUAAACUUAAACAAAAUAUACCACUCAGUCUGAAACUUCUUGAUUACUCCUGAGCUGCUCUUGCUAAAAUUGUUUUCCCAAGAAGCCCUCUUACCAAUGUUUCAGUCUUGAUGUGUGUGUUUUGUAUAAUUACCAUGAAGCCAUCUUGUUCAAUCAGUCAAAUAGCCUGUUCAUCGCACUGUGCACAUAGAGUCACUGUCCUCCUACACCGUGCUUUUGUUCGAACAAUUGACUGUCUUCGACGGUGUAAUCUCUCCAACGGCGAGGUUUCGGUAGC